UGGAAAAUCACAAAAUGGCGAUGACAUGCAGAGAGAAGCCACGUGCUACAAAUUCGUCUUUGGUGGAGCAAAGGAGGGAUUGUUUGGCAGGGCGUUAAGAAAAAAAGCUGUCAGCAUGAGUGCAGUAAAGAAGAUGGCAGUUGAUACUGUCAACAGGACACCGUCUAGCAUUAUUGGUUGGAUUAGAACCACAUUAACAAGGAAUAUAAUUUACAAAGAUGCAAACAGAUACCCUAAUUCGGAGUCCUCUAGAGAGCAGCCACCUCCAAAUCUUCCCGAUGGUCCAUCAGCCCUUCUCUCUGAUAACUAUUACUACACGAGGGAUGCUCGGUGUUUGGUGGAACCGGCUGAAGCUUUGUACACAGCUACCCCAAAAUAUCAGACCCUUGCAGCUGGCAAUGAGACCGAAAAAGCAAGUUCUGACACUGGAUCUGUAGCUCAAAAGAAAAGACUUGGACCUACUCCUCCAGGCUUCCGUCCCCAGGCAGAGAUGACCCCUAAAACUUUCAACCCUAAAUUGGUGUGAAACGGAUAGUUGAUCUAGAUUUACAAGACAUUUUGAUUUGAUUAUAUUUCAUGUGUAAAUAAAAAUUCUUAAUAUGUA